AUGUACGGUUGGAAGCUGCACAGGUUUAAGUUCGGUAGAGGUAAAGACGAUGACAGUAGAAAGAAGAAGAUGAUAAUAAGCUCUUCGCAGAGCUCGCUGAAUAGCGCGGAUACGGCCGCGGGUGACUCGAUAUUUAGCAGGCCUUCCGUCGAGAGGAGAGACACAGUUACAGCGGCGAAUGGUUCUAUAGCACCUGUGCGUGUGUCGCAGGAUUCUUACAUGUCCUAUUUCAAAGAGAGCAACGAGAACAUGUCCAAGUUCGAUUUGCCAUCCUGGUUGCGCUCGCACAAGGACAGCUUCUCGCCAUUUAACAGCAGCUCAAACUCGAGUUCUAAUCUCGGAAGCAACAGAGACAGCUCGAUGACGGAUGUCACGGAGCUGCUUAACGACACAGCAUUCAAGAGCACCCCGUUCGAUAGAAUUGAUGAGAAUAUGCACUCCGGCCUGCUCACAGUGAAAGUUUACUCCGGAAGUAACUUCACCAUGCCUGUGCCAAUCACUUCAGACCAAGGCAUAUUGCAUAACCUUCUGAACUCCUCAAUCUCAAGCUUAGAAGGCGAUAACAACACUUACGCGGAAAUGGAACAGCUUAUAACACAACUCUCGCAGGUGCAUCUGGCUAACCAAACCUCAGAAGAGCAGCUUAUAUCUAAUGCAUUCUCAUCUACAUUCAUCCCAGCAGUCAUUAAAGUCCCGGGACAUGACGACUACCCACUGAUAUACAUGACAGUAGAAUACGACAACACAAUGGCCACAAUAUACCCUGAAGGUGGCACGAUAUCAAAGCCCGUUUUCAAUAAGAUAUCCACUUUUGACGUGACUCGCAAACUGCCCUUCCUUAAGUGUAGUGUAUUCAUAAAAAUUCCAUCAGCCCUACUACCUUCAAUGAGAUGGCAACAAGAGGCUGCACUAGCUGACCCGAACAUGAGAUCUAUUCUAGAAACUAUACAUGCUGGCAAAGAAAUAUUCUUAGAUUCGUUUACUUUACCGGUAGUGCUGGAUAUGAACUCAGCUUCAAACUUCAGAUUAUUCAAUCAUCAAUGGAUUAAUCUCAAACAGGGGCUCGGGACCAUCAACCUGACCGUUGACUUCAAACCCUCAUAUAGCAAACCAGUUGGUAUUGAUGACUUUGAACUGUUAACUGUAUUGGGGAAAGGUUCAUAUGGUAAAGUGAUGCAGGUAAGAAAAAAGGAUACACAAAAGAUUUAUGCAUUAAAAGCUAUCAGGAAAUCAUAUAUUGUGGCGAAAUCAGAAGUCAUCCAUACAUUAGCAGAGAGAACAAUCCUAGCACGAGUGGAAUGUCCUUUUAUUGUGCCAUUGAAAUUUACCUUUCAAACGCCAGAAAAGCUUUAUUUAGUACUUGCAUGUAUAAAUGGCGGUGAAUUAUUCCAUCAUUUACAAAGAGAAGGUAUUUUUGAUAUUUCUAGGGCUAGGUUUUAUGCAUCAGAACUUCUUCUUGCGUUAGACUCGUUGCAUAAAAUGGAUGUGGUUUAUCGUGAUUUGAAACCUGAGAAUAUCCUGCUUGAUUCACAAGGUCAUAUUGCGCUUUGUGAUUUUGGUUUAUGUAAGUUGAAUAUGAAAGAUAAUGAGAAGACUUCAACAUUUUGUGGUACACCUGAAUAUCUCGCACCUGAGGUACUUUUAGGGAAAGGAUAUACCAAAGUCGUAGACUGGUGGACCUUAGGUGUUUUGCUUUAUGAGAUGUUAACAGGUUUACCUCCUUACUACGACGAAAAUGUAAGCGAAAUGUACAAGAAAAUACUAAAAAGCCCACUGAUAUUUCCGGAUGGUAUGGAUCCUGACGCUAAGGACUUAUUGAAAAGGCUCCUGAAUCGUGAUCCUAAUAGAAGAUUAGGUGCCAAUGGUGCCGAUGAGAUUAAAAACCAUAAAUUCUUUAAUGACUUAAUCUGGGAUAGCAUAUGGAAUAAAGAAUAUCUUCCACCUUUUAGACCAGACGUGCAAAACGCAAAUGAUACUAGCAAUUUUGAUAAUGAGUUUACGAAACAAAAGCCAGUUGAUAGUGUUAUCGAUGAAUACUUAAGUGAAAGUGUUCAGAAUCAAUUUAAAGGAUGGUCUUAUUUGGGUUCCGAACAACUAGGAAGCUCGAUGGCCUGA